GUGUGGAGAUUCACACACCCAACCUUCCCCUUGCUUGUCAUCGUCUCUACUUGGUUGGCUCAUUAGAGAUUUAUUCUGUAGUGUAUCCGCCGACAGUAGAUUGUUGUGAAAUCGAAGGUCCACAUACCACGUCCCACCCAUCCCUUAGGCCUGCCUCUCUUGGCCUUCCAUAAGCAUGGAACAACCCCAGCAAUUAUCUUCGGCGCAAACCUCUCCGGUCGUCUCGGUCUCUUUUCCUUACCCGGUUACGACGUAUGAUGGCAUAGAAUCUGGAACCACGAAUGUUCUAGCCCAGGUGUGCGAUCGUGUACGGGUGCUUUGCGAGGAGACAGGCAGCGCACAUGGAUGUCACAUAACAUUUGCCACACCCGAGUCGAUCUUGAACCGACAGCAAGGGCCGUGCGAAAUCAAUCUAAGCGUCAAUAUCAUGGGUCCGUUUGCCAGUGUGUUGGCAGCACGUGCCGUAAUGCUGAAGAGGAUUCCCACUCAGACUAUGAUCACCGUUAAAGCAAGUCGCAAAAUCAUUCUGAACGACAACGAUGAAAUGAAAAUUACCGUCAAGCGCAAACUGGACAACAUCAUGCAUUCAUCGCGUACACAAAUCACUUGCGUAGGUCAAAACUAUGAAAGUGUGAAACCCCCGCCUGGGCUUUCUUCGGAGAGCAUGGACGUGGAAAUCGUGGGCCAUUGGGAAGAUGUCGAAAUGGCCCGGAUGCAGACAUUGGUUCUGUUAGAUGAGAUGGCCGGUCUACAUUGCGAGCCGGUCGAGAUCGAAGCAAAGCUCCACCCUUUGAUAGCCGGUCGCAAGCGAUGCAUUCUCGAGACAGUGAUGCACGAUACAAUGACCAACGUAUAUCUUCCUACUCCCUUCAUCGCAGAAACGGGGGCACAUGAAGUUACGAAACAAGUAUUGGCCUACAGCCACACAAUCUGGAUAACUGGUCAGCUGGCAGGGGUAGCCGCAGCUAAAGAGAGGUUGUUGCAUAUGGCUGCCCAGAGGGCCAGCAUGCUAAUGACCAAACACAUCACGUCACUGCCACGCAAAUUGGACUGGAUGCUGGUGAACAGGAAGGACCACUUACGCAAAGUGAUGCAAGAUAAUGCAACCCACAUUGGUAUACCAGCACUUGGAAGCAAUGUAAACACCCUUACCAUUAGUGGAGAUGACAGGGUGUACUUGGAGCGAACGUGCCGGGCCCUCAUGCAUAUGGUUUGCGACUUCUAUGUCGCCGGCCUGCAGCUUUCUGCACCGCCUAUUCCGCAGGCAACUAUAGCUGCAGCUUGCAAAUCCACAACUAUCACCCACUUUAUCGCGGCGCUCGGAAGAAUCUGCCAAAGCUCGCGAGCGGAGGUGGUGGUCCAGAAGAACUUUGUGGAAAUUUAUGGCUUAGAGGCAGCUGUUAAAAGCGCAUACCAGCACGUCGCCGAUCUGGAUUUUAUAAAGGGCGCCAUCAGAGACACGAAGUUCCAGUUGGAACUUGCGCUUGAACACCGCGAAUUCAUCAACGGCAAGAAGAAUGGCAAGAUUAACAAAAUCAUUAAAGCAUCCGGGUGCAAGAUCACCUUUCAAGAAAACUAUAAUGAGUACAAUAUGUUGAUUGAUGUGUACAAUGCUUACCCCGCGAAAGCCGUUGAGGGUCUCGCGCUCUUAGAGGAUGAGCUCCCAGCCGAAAUCUCCUUCUACGUCCCCGAAGCCUUCCAUAAGCGAAUCAUCGGGGUGGGGGGAAAGAACAUACAACGUAUUAUGAAGAAAUACGCCGUCUAUGUGAAAUUUUCCAAUGCAGAGGAGUUUGCUCAAUUAGGUGGAUACUUUGAGAACAUGGACAACGUCAUUGCUCGUACCCCAGCAAAAAACAGUGCAAACUUAGACCAUCUUCGAGUGAGCAUCAUGGAGUUAACGAGCGUCGGUGAGAAAAAUAAGGUCACAAUGAGUGUGAUAAUUCCGCGACAAUUGCAUCGAGUUGUGGUCGGACCCAGAGGAAGCUACCUGCAGGAUAUCAUCAAAGUAGCCAAAGUUGAGAUUAACUUUCCGGAGAAAGAAACGGGGUUGGAUGAAGUGACUAUCGCGGGCCCUGAACCCCAGGUGCAAAUCGCCAGACAAAGACUACAAGAACUUGUGCCCGAGAUUUAUGAGUUCUCUAUUCCUGGUUCCACGGCAGCGUUCUAUGCGGUCCGCUCUACAGAUCUCCAGCAACUCGUCAUGAGACUAUCACAAGAGCUAGCCAUCGAUCUCUACGUCUAUAUGCCCCCGACGGAGGAGCCAGGACCCGGGCCUUCCGAAUGCAGUUUCUUGCUCCACUAUCAUCGGAACAAUAGCGGAGCCCUCGAUCAAGCAAAGUCCCUGAUUUUCGAGUUCCUGACCAUCAAGCAAGUUCCUCUACAGCGCCAGUCCGGCAUGCCACGAGCCGGAAGCUAUGCCAAUCUCCAACCACAGAGAAGCUACGAUUCCUUCCAACACUUCCCUAGUAAGCUGAUUGCUUCCGUCACGACAGGUGACUCUCCUGCGCCUGCGAUGGCAUUCAGCAGCUUUUUCCCGGAAGGUAUCGCAGGACUGGCUGGGACCAGUGGGACCAAAUCCAUUACCGCCGUCAGCAGCGGGAUCGGAGGAUCUAAGUUCGCACAUUCGACCCCAAAUUUGAGGCAGUUAUUUGAAGAUGUCAGUUACACCCGUGGAGGAACCGACCAGCAUAUGAAGCGAAGUCGGUCAGAUAUCAAUGACGAAAUGCUACCAACGACAAACCUCUUGGCGGCGACCUUGGCGGCAACCUCUCUUGGUCCUAGUCAAUAUCCGUCUGUCGCGCCUCAGGACCGAUGGGCGGCGGCAGGAGGAACCACCUUUUCUAGGCGCGGAGACUUCCGCCCCGAACCCAUUGACACGACGUCUGAUCUGGAGGACCCCAGCAAAGAUCCUGAGCUUCUAAAAGGCUUUGCCGGGAUGCUGUCUCCAGUUGACGCACCGGAACGUCCAGAUCCACCACUUCGGGUUCCAAGCGAUAAGUUUUGCGGACUAAAGUUGUCUAGAAGCAUGGGUAUGCUCGACGAGAAAUCCAAAAAACGUGAGCCAGGUGUCAGAGGACCAUCUAACUUGGCGGGUGAACCGAGUGGUGUGUCUGAUCCCGAAGACCCGUCCCAGGCUCCGGCAUUCACACCGGCAUUGAUAGCCCAGCUCUUUGAAAUGGAAGCUCGGAUUCCAAAGGAUUUUCUCCAGAUUCGGGUUCUGCUCGAGUCGCUAGAUUUAGAAAACUACGUUUCGAUAUUUAUCGAGCAGGAAAUUGACUUUCCGACUCUCUUGCUACUCCAAGAUGCUGAUCUCAAGGAAAUCGGGGUCAAAGCGUUUGGAAGUCGCAAAAGAAUUUUAAACGCUAUUAAGGAGUGUAAGGAGCACGGAGGCGCUCAAAAACAAGGCACACAAUCGAGUCCACCUCAUCAGCACCACCAGCGGAACCCACACCCCUCACCAGCGGCCUCACCCCUACGUCGCUCCGACGUCCCGACCCGAGAUUCCCACUCCGCGCGGAGCUCUGUACCAUCAGCCUAUACGGCGAGCCCUAUCAUGCAGCGAUCGAGCGUGGGGAGUAAAGGUGGUUCGCAGUCUCCCUCAUCAACUCACCAAUCUCAGCAACGAGGCUAUCCUGGCUCGUCUACUUCAUCCUUGGGAGGACAGAGGAAGGGGUUUGCAAACCACUAUAUCUACUCGUCUGGUCCGGAGCUAGCAGCAAUGUUUCAAUCACACUCCACACCCACUUUCACAUCUCUAACUCAUCCCACAACUUCCACAACUUCCCCGACAACAAACACGCUUCUUCAAUCUGGGCCAGGAAAAAGUACCCCUCCUCUCGACAGCUCUUUAGAAAGCAGCACAAAAGAUGGUACCGUUAUAAUAACCCGCCAACAGCCUAUCCACAUCCCGGUGCUAGACCAAAAACUUGCGAGAGACGUCCCAUCUGUUGCAUCUGUGGCAGUGGGAACACAAAGCGAGAAUGCUACAAGACCGAGGGCGGCGCCUAAUGGAGUGGACUUUUUUGCGAAGUUUGAGUUUAUGUAAAGCACGCAGUCGUCUGUUUUAAGAUUUUUAUAGGGUUCCCUCCCUCCAGAUAACUAGCUGUGGGGGAAACGAAGACUGAUACCCAAGGUUAUACCUCGGGAAUAUUGGGACGAUUAAUACUGUACUGAUAUUGUGAGGAACUUGCUAUCCUUUAUUGUGUAUCGUCGUUCUUUUAGUUUCUUUGUCUUCUUCAUUGACAGACGAUAAGGUUCAUGAUCCGUCCUACAGGGACGUUUUGGAAGCCCGUACCAAGAUGCUCUUG